GGAACCCUACUCUAAAAGAGGACUAGGGAAUCUGUGGCUCGGGGACGGGGUUAUUGGGAGAGUGAAUUGGGUUGGUCGGAGUUUCAUGCAGGACCGGGGUUCCUGGGCACCCCCCUCCAGGUACAGAAAUGCCACCCUCGGCAAGGAAAUCGAUCAAGGAGCGCGAGCUGUUCUCCCUGACCUCAUCCUUACCAUGCGCCUCGUGGCUGGAGGUACUGCUGUGUAGCCCCAUACGCUAUCUAUGGAUGGUCCUCAUGGCACUCACUGUGCUCUGUGUGGCCAUCCAGAUCCUAGGAGUCGUCUGGCAGUCCAGGAACGACAAGAUGUUGAGCAAGAAGCUCCUGAAUGUGCGGUUUACCAUCGAGAUCCAGGGAACGCUCCCAACUGAGCAGAGGGACUGGGAAAACUUGCGCUCUUCGCAUGCCCCUGUCGUAGAAGAGGAAGUGAGGUCACAGGAGGAAGGAGCUCCUAAACAAUCGGCCAAAGAGAACCAGAAGGUAGCAGAACAUCAAGAUGGCAGAGAUGAGCCAGGAGUGGAGAGGAGACUCCAGGUGCAUCACCAACAUUUAAAGCUCUCAAACACUUUCAAUAAGGUCAAAGACUCCAGGAAAGAGGAAAGGGGUAAAGUUUUAGCAGCAAAGGCAGCCCUGCCCAAAUUCACGUUGGGUGAUGAUGAGUUGCAUUUGGGGGUUCCCGGGUCUGUGGUUCUCCAGCUGGGCCACCCAGCUAUCAGAGUGGUAUCUACCCUGUCUCACAAACCUUUCCAGGUCCCCUUAACCAAUCAGCUGAAGAGUAGAAACAGCCUUGCCCCUCUAGGCACCAACUCUGUAGUUGCCGGGGUGAUAAGCGAAGUGAAUCCGGGGAUUGCCACCUCCACCUGUUGGCCGAAGAACCACAUCGUCUUUCUAAAGACGCACAAAACGGCCAGCAGCACCAUCUUGAACAUCUUGUAUCGCUAUGGCGACAGCCGCAAUCUGACCUUCGCCCUUCCGCUGAACAUGCACAGCCAGCUGUUCUAUCCCUUCUUCUUCACCUCACACUUUGUGGAGGGAGUUAGGAGCCGCAGUGUCAAAAAGUUCCACAUCAUGUGCAACCACAUGAGGUUCAGACCACCAGAGGUGAGGAAAGUGAUGCCCCAGGACACAUUCUACUUCUCCAUCCUGAAGAACCCUGUUGCCAUGAUGGAGUCCAUCUUCAUCUACUACAAGAGCAUUCCCGCCUUCCGCAAGGCCCGCAGCCUGGACGACUUCCUCGACAACGGUUGGCGUAGUUACAACACAUCCCUGCCCAACAACCACUACGCCCGUAACAUCCUGACCUUUGACUUUGGUUUCGACAACAACGUCGCCACAGAGACGCCCGGAGACCUAGAGACACGGGCCGCCACAGCCAUUGCCGCUAUCGAGGAGGACUUCCACCUUAUCCUCAUCUCAGAGUACUUUGACGAAUCCAUGAUCCUGCUCAAGCGCGCCCUCUGCUGGUCUCUGGACGACAUCGUCUCCUUCAAGUUGAACAGCCGGAGCGAGCGCGCACGGAACAUGCUCUCCCCGCACACCGCUGACAAGAUCAGAGCCUGGAACGCCCUUGACUGGCGGCUCUACCUGCACUUUAACGCCACCUUCUGGCGACGCGUGGACACUACUGUGGGGCGUGAGGAGAUGAGGCGGGAGGUGACUCGGCUGCAGGAACAACGUGCCAAACUAGCCAAAACCUGCCUGAAGGAUGGUGGUGCAGUGGACCCGUCGCAGGUACAGGAUGCAGGGCUGAAGCCCUUCCAGUAUGGAGCGGCCAUAAUCCAGGGCUACAACCUGAACCCUGGGCUGGACGGACCCACCAAAACACACUGUCAGAACCUGAUCACUCCAGAGCUGCAGUACACAGACACUCUCUACACCAAGCAGUUCCCGGAGCUUGCCACUAGGCAGAGACAGGCCGCCAAACUGGUCGCCUCACAACGUCAGCUUGGUCCAGCCAAGGUCAGCCCAAACAAAGCAACCAUGGCUGGGCCGGUGAGGGUGAGGGAGGCCCGACACAGUAGGACAGACAAUAGUGGACCGAAACCCUAAUGCCCAGAACCAAAAUAACCCCUGCCCAACUGUCCUGUCUAAAAUCACUGCAGAUAGAAGUGACAGAAACAUGCCUUGAGGUGUGGCUCUUUCAACAUAGACUAUGGGACUAAUGGGACAAUCCAAAUCCACAGGAGCUCAUCAUUGAUGCUGAGCACAGGGGUCUUUUUCAGCUGAACAGCCGAUGGCUCUGUUUUGUCUGUACAGUGAGGACGUUUCGCUGCACAUUAUGCUGACUCUGGCUGGCUGCAGUGCAUACGGCCAGUUUGCUGACUUUGGUGGCACUAGGAUAAGCUCUAGUGUUUCUAUCCAACGAUACUGGACCUGUGUGGGUGGAGGGGAUGGAGUUGGGGGAGGAAGAGGAAGAGAAGGAAGUAGAGGGAGAGUGCAACUGGGCUGAUUGUCCUGCCUUGACUGGUUGGAUUGGAAGUAGCAUCUCAUAAACCCUCUCAUCUAAUGUCUCCCCUUGCUCUUGUCACACACUGAGGUUUAGAAUAUGAACCCUUGUGGUGUACUAUAGUUUGAAUGACACAUAUGUGGUCCUAUUGAUUAAACUGAUUGGGGUUGGGUAAGGCCUGUAGUACAGUAGGCCUAUGUACAGUACCAGUGAAAAGUUUGGAGACACCUACUUAUUCCAGGGUUUUUCUUUGUUUUUACAAUUUUCUAUGAUGUAGAGUAAUAGUGAAGACAUCAACACUAUGAAAUAACACAUGGAAUCAUGUAAUAACCAAAAAGUGUUCUUCAAAGUAGCCACCCUUUGCCUUGACAGCUUUUCACACUCUUGGCAUUCCCUCAACCAGAUUCAUUAGGUAAUCACCUGGAAUGCAUUUCAAUUAACAGGUGGGCCUUGUUAAAAGUUAAUUUGUGGAAUUUCCUUCCUUCUUAAUUAAUGCGUUUGAGCCAAUCAGUUGUGUUGUGGCAAGGUAGACGUGGUAUACAGAAGAUAGACCUAUUUGGUAAAAGACCAAGUCCAUAUUAUGGAAAGAACAGCUCAAAUAAGCAAAGAUAAGCAAAGAUAAACUACAGUCCAUCAUUUAGACAUGAAGGUCAGUCAAUACGGAAAAUUUUAAGAAAUUUGAAAGUUACUUCAAGUGUAGUCACAGUUUAUGAUGAAACUGGCUCUCAUGAGGACCGCCACAGGAAAGGAAGACUAAAAGUUAUCUCUGCUGCAAAAGAUAUGGUCAUUAGAGUUAACUGCACCUCAAGUUGCAGCCCAAAUAAAUGCUUCACUGAGUUCAAGUAACAGACACAUCUCAACAUCAACUGUUCAGAGGAGACUGCAUGAAUCAGGCUUUCAUGGUCAAAUUGCUGCAAAGAAAACUAAAGGACACCAAUAAGAAGAAGAGACCUGCUUGGGCCAAGAAACACGAGCAAUGGACAUUAGACCGGUGGAAAUCUGUCUUCUGGUCGGAUGAGUCCAAAUAAUUUUCGGGGGUUCCAACCACCGUGUCUUUGUGAGACGCAGAGUAGGUGAACGUAUGAUCCCUGCAUGUGUGGGACCUACCAUGAAGCAUGGAGGAGGAGGUGCAAUGGUGUGUAGGUGCUUCGCUGGUGAAACUGUCAGUGAUUUAUUUUGAAUUCAAGGCACAAUUUACCAGCAUGGCUACCACAGAAUUUCUACCACAGAAUUCUGCAUUGAUACGCCAUCCCAUCUGGUUUGCGAUUUGUUUUUCAAUGGGACAAUGACCCAAAACAUACCUCCAGGCUCUGUAAGGGCUAUUUGACAAAGGAGAGUGAUGGAGUGCUGAAUCAGAUGAUCUGGCUUCCACAAUCACCUGACCUCCAAAAAUUGAGAUGGUUUGGGAUGCGUGGGACCGCAGAGCGAAGGAAAAGGAGUCACCAAGUGCUCAGCAUAUGUGGGAACUCCUUCAAGACUGCUGGAAAAGCAUUCUUCAUGAAGCUGGUUUAGAGAAUGCCAAAAGUGUACAAAGAAGUCAUCAAAGCAAAGGGUGGCGACUUUGAAGAAUCUAAAAUUACUACGUGAUUCCAUAUGUGCUAUUUCAUAGUUUUGUUGUCUUCACUUUUAUUUUACAAUGUAGAAAAUAGUACAAAUAAAGAGAAACCCUUGAAUGAGUAAGUGUGUCCAACAUUUUGACUGGUAGUGUAUCUGUCAGAGAGAAGAUGACUCAAUUUGGAGGUGAAUAAAAUACAUGAUGGUAUGUUAAACAUGUACUGUAUGUGUAGCGGACUGGGUGUAGUGGGUGAGAAGUCAGGUGCAGGAAGCAGAGAGUUCAGGGUAACGCUAUAUUAUAUGCACAAAACGGCGAACAUAAGCCAACCCCACGAAAGCACCGGGCGCACAACAAAACAAAUGCCCCAAACACGGGGACUUAAACUGUCCAGCAAAACCCAAUGAAAUGGGAAACACAUAACCCACAGACGUGCACACACGUUAGACAAAACAAUCCCGCACAAAGAGCAGGCGGGCCUACUGGUAAAUAAAGCCCGACUAACCAGCCUAAAACACAAACAGGUGAAACCAAUAAACAGAAAGGGGAAAAAAGGAUCAGUGGCUGCUAGUAGGCCAGUGACGACGACCGCCGAGCGCCACCCGAACAGGAAGGGGAGCCACCUUCAGUGGUGACAGUAUGUUAAACAUCACAGGAGGCUGGUGUGAGGAGCUAUAGGAGGACAGGCUCAUUGUAAUUUACAUUUGAUUUAUGUCACACCCUGAUCUGUUUCACCUGUCCUUGUGAUUGUCUCCACCCCCCUCCAGGUGUCGCCCAUGAUCCCCCGUGUAUUUAUACCUGUGUUCUCAGUUUGUCUGUUGCCAGGUCAUCUUGUUUGUCAAGUCAACCAGUGUUUUUGUUCUCUGCUCCUGCUUUUCACAGUUUCUCUUUUUCUCACCCUCCUGGUUUUGACCAUUGUCUGUCCUGACUCUGAGCCCACCUGCCUGACCACUCUACCUGCCCCUGACCCUGAGCCUGCCUGCUGACCUGUACCUUUCCGCCACCUCUGCAUUGUUUGACCUCUGCCUACCCUGAGCUUGCCUGCCGUCAGGUACCGUUGCCCCACCCCUGGUUUACUGACCCCUGCCUGCCUUGACCUGUCUAUUGCCUGCCCCUGUUGGGUUUUACCUUGAUUCCUGAUCAUUUUUUAGGAGCCCCAUUAGCCAACGCCAAUGGCAACAGAUACAUUACAGACAAAAGAUUUGACAAUUUACAUGCAUUUAAAAACAUUAACAUGUAGUGUGUGUGUGUGCAUCUAUCAGUUACGCAUACUGUAUUAGUACAUAUACAGAACAAGUAGGUCACAUGGGGGAGAGGCGUUGUGCUGUGAGGUGUUGCUUUAUUUGUUUUUUUGAAACCAGGUCUGCUGUUCACUUGCACUAUAUAAGAUAGAAGGGAGUUCCAUGCACUCAUGGCUCUGUAUAAUACUGUAUGUUUCCAUGAAUUUGUUGUGGACCUGCGGACCGUGAAAAGACCCCUGGUGGCAUGUCUGGUGUAUAAAGUGUGUGUGUCAGUGACAAAUGCCUGGAAUGGAAUCAAUGGAAUGGUACCAAACACAUCAAACACAUGGAAACAACGUGUUUGACUCUGUUGCAUUGAUUCAGUUCCAGUCAUUAGAAGGAGGCCGUUCUCCUAUAGCUCUUCACAUCUCAGCCUCUUCUCGUAGACAUUUAAGUGAAAGAUGUAAUAACAGAAUUACAAAAUGUUUGACUUAAGAGCACAUCUCAACUCUUUCGAUACCUACCUAAAGAUAGCCAGAGCUUGUAAUAUUCUGUAAUAAUAGAUUUGUACAUCAACUCUCAUGCAGAUAGCAGAAAGUUCCUAGAAUUUCCUCAUCCUUUCAGGUUAGAAACUGAGAGAGAUUCAGUGUCUAAAGGUAAAUUCAGUAACUGAGAGAGAUUCAGUUACUAAAGGUAAUUCAGUAACUGAAAGACAUUCAGUAGGCCACUGUGGAAAAAUAUUCACCUACCAAGACGGCGCAAAGGAGCUCUCGAUUCUCAGAAAUGGGAAUCAAAUUAAAAUGUUAGAUUUCUUAGAAGACCAAAUGAUUAGUCUCUUUAAAUUCAAGUGUGUUUUUAAAUCAUACUGCACUUUAGUGUGAAUAUAUAUAAAUGAGGUGUAAAAAAUGAUCGUAAAAUGGAAAUGUAGAUUUUGUAUGUAGAGAUGAUUUUGUGAUGUGAGUCCUUAUAUCACAAUACCUGCAUUUUAAAGUGGUCUGAUAUUUAAGUUUAUUUUUCUCAUUGUUGUGAGUGAUGUUGCCACAGAUUUCAAAUUGAAAUGGUCAAAUAAAAGGGUUCUUACUUUUG